AGACAUGUCACGACUACAUUGAUGAUAUAUUCGUAUUAUCCUAGGAUUUUGAAACUCAACAGAGACUAUGACCUAACCUCAUUCAUCAGGGAAGUCGAAAUCUUCCUGCCCCUAUUCGAAAAUACUCCGAUGAAAGAAUAUGUGUUCCAGCGCUGUGUAAUAAACAAACUGCAAGGUGAGGCACUCAACGUAGUCAGGGGACUAGGUGCUCACUCAACAUGGGAUCUCAUAAAGGAGCUCAUCAAGAACUUUGGUAUAAGAGACACAUACCACCAACUAUACUAUCGGGCCAUCAACGGCAAAAAUAAUAAUAAUGAAAGUCACUAUUAUAAUUACCUUAAAAAUAUAUUAGAUAAUCUAAACACUAAAUUUGAACAAGAUGACAAUAAGCAAACAGAAUUCUGUCCGGCUGUCAAUGAAUCUAUGAUCAUAAAAACAUUCCUCAAUAAUAUCCCCGCCCAUCUAGCAAGUAUAAUAUAUAGCAGGAGCAUAGGGACACUUAGGGAAGCAUAUUAUACUUUAGAAGAAACAGGAUUAGCGAAACCAACCAGAAAAUUUGACAAAUUAUUCCAAUCAAAAAUCUACACAAUCUCGCCGGUACGAACCGAUGGAAGUAGACCACUUACAAGAAGAAAAAGAAUUAGAAGAACAGGAGAUAAAUUUACUAUCGGAUAUGAACAAGGAAAUAUUCCGUUAGUUGAAUUAAAAAUAGGCAAACACAAACUAAUAUACUUAAUUGACACAGGAUCCUCAACAACACUAUUAGACAAAAACGCACUCCCAAACUACAAAAGGAUCAAAUUAGACAGGCCAAUAAUAUUUAACACAUUAAACGGACAAAGUCAUACAGAAUAUGAGGUUAUUUCCGAAAUACCUGAAGAAUUUAAUAAUCCAAAUUUAAUGGCUUGGAAGGGACUGAUAGGUCAAAACAUUUUAAGAAGAUUGGGAGCAAUAAUUAAUUUAGAAGAAAAUUACCUCGAAGUAAAUAAAAAUAAAAUAAGCUUUCUAGGCGCUUGUCCUUACAAGUACGAAAACAUCCACUUGUUGGAAAGCCAAGGAAAUGACCCAGAAGUACUAAACAAACUUAUAAAGACUGACAUGAACAAAGAAGAACAGAGAGAGCUAGAAAAACUUAUAGAUAAUAACAGUGAUCUUUUCUUUAAAGAAGGCGAAUCUUUAAGCCAUACGCAUGAGGUGCAACACGAGAUUGUCACCACAACUAACAAUGCUGUAUUGUUGUGCAUGUACCUGAUACAAUAUGUGUUAGCUAUAUGCAUAGCAGUUCAUUUUUAUUAAUUAUA